UGUCCCUGUCCCAGCUGUCCCCCCUGAUGACCCCCUGGUGACCCCUGGUGACCCCCUGUGUGUCCCCCUGUCCGCAGUGUCCCUGUCCCAUCUGUCCCACCUGGAGCUCUCGGGGUGUCCCCACGUCUGUGACUGGACCCUGGGGCGGCUCCACGUGUUUGGGGACACCCUGAGGCACCUGGGGCUGGCCCGGUGUCCCCAGGUCACCGAGCGGGGCCUGGCCACGCUGCACCACCUCAGGUCCCUGCGCUCCCUGGACGUGUCGGGGCUGUCGGUUCCCAGCCCGGGGCUGCUGCGGAUCCUGCUGGAGGAGAUGCUCCCGGGCUGCCGAAUCCUGGGAAUGGAGGAGCCCGGGACGCCCCCGGCCCCCCCCUGACAAUAAAACUGCUGCCCCCA